CCUUCCCUCCUCAGUCCCCAGCCCUCUCUCCCUGUUUAUUGUGGCGGAGCUUCCUCUGUCUCUCGCUCUACAAGGCCCACGUCCCUAUCUCUCUCCGUUUGUUCUCCCUUAGAGUGGUGCUCUCUCCCCCACUUUCUCUCUGUUUCUUCCCGCCGGAGAAGGACGACGAGAGAGCAUUAAGAGAAGGAAGAUGAAGCAGCUGAUGAGGAAGCUGUCCAGAGUCGCCGACUCCUCGUCCCCCAGCUACGCUGUGCUCCACCAUUCCGACUCUGUCCCCGCCAGUAAACGCAAGGGAUGGAGGCUCUCUUCCUCAUCUUCUUUUUCUUCUUCUGCUGCCUCGAAGGGCGUCGCCUCUUCUCCGGCCACCUGCAAGGUGCCGGAGGGGCACCUCCCUGUGUGCGUCGGGGAGGAGAUGGAGAGGUUUGUGGUCAGCGCCGAGUCGCUCAACCACCCGCUCUUCGCCGAGCUCCUCCGCCGAUCCGCCCAGGAGUACGGCUACGACCAGAAGGGCGUCCUUCGCAUCCCCUGCCCCGCCGGAAUCUUCCGCUCCAUCCUCCAGAUACUCCGCCGGAAGGACGGCGACGCAGACGGAGCCGGCGUCGACCUCGACGAGCUCCUCCGCCGGCUCGCCUCUGCGGACGCCUCUUUAUGAUCCCCAGAUCUUUUAUGACGAAAGUACCCUCUAGAUCGUGGUCUUCUCUCUGACUGAUUUUAACUUCCCUGGUUUUUCCCUUCUUUCUUUUUUACGUGGAGGUCUCGGGUCUCGUGAAUCGGAUCCAGAACUGACAGAGUGGAAGUGAACGGGCAUAGGGUCCAAAAUGUGGAUCUAAGAUUCCACAUUCGGAUAUGUAUUUUCAAUACUCGGAUCUAGUAUUUAAAAUUGAGAUCCGAACCAGUAAGUGGCUAUGGAGGGUAGUCUCUGGAUUGUGUGUAGAAUUUUGGUUCUUCGGGUCCAUAUAUUUUUGCUUUGUUUUACGUGAAAUCUCAUUUCCCAUGAUGAACGGUUUUAUGUAAAUAUGAUGAGGUGAGGCACAUUAUUUGAGUAAAUUCUCACCCUCAGUGGCAGCUUAAUGUAAUUAUUUUAUUUCGUAGUUUU